GGGCCGACAUGACAGUACACGGACGAGAGAAGACCCCUGGCCGGCUCCGCCUGUCGGUCCCGUUAGAAGCGGGGAGAGGAGCAGGUCGAUAUGCGGUGCUGCUGGCUCUGUGCGCGCUGUGCUACAGCAACUCUCUGCACGGGGAGUUCGUGCACGACGAUGUGUGGGCUAUCAGCAAUAACCCCGACGUCCGGCCCGGGUCCAGCCUGCAGAGCAUCUUCACCAACGACUUUUGGGGCAAGAGGAUGGCGGACAACACAAGCCACAAGUCCUACAGACCGUUAUGCAUCCUCACCUUCAAUCUGCCCUCCACGGUGUCUGUGUGGGCGCUGGGUGCCAGUCUGCUGCUGGGCACCUGUGCCAUGCUGGUCAAGGAGACGGGCAUCACCGUCUUCGGGGUGUGUGUGCUCUACGACGCCCUGGUGCUCUGCCGCAAGCCCCUCCUCUUGCACCUCUCCAGCUCCAAGAUGAAGGACCUUCUCAGAAUCUCCGUCCCCUUCCUCAAACGAGCCUGUGCCGUCUCUCUCUAUGUGGCAGUCAUCAUGUCCUUCAGGCUCUGGCUGAUGGGCGGAUCCAUGCCUCUCUUCUCUGAGCAGGACAACCCAGCCUCCUUCUCUCCUCACCUGCUCACCAGGUUCCUGACCUACUGCUACCUGUUGGCGUUCAACGCCUGGCUGCUGCUGUCUCCCGCGGUGCUGUGUUAUGACUGGCAGGUGGGCAGUAUACCCCUGGUGGAGUCACUGUGGGACACGCGCAACGUCGCCGCCCUGCUGCUGGGAGUGGUCAUGGUCGCCCUCUGUCUGCACUGUGUCAUGUCGCUACAGAGGUUGGAGAGUAGGGAGGUGUUGCUGGGAGUGUUGUUCCUGGUCUGUCCCUUCAUCCCGGCCAGUAACCUCUUCUUCAGGGUGGGCUUCGUGGUGGCAGAGAGGGUCCUCUACAUGCCCAGUAUGGGUUACUGUAUCCUGGUGGCCCAUGGUCUGGGGAGGUUGUGUUCUGUGGUGGGUCGCUGGGGCACCACGGCCCUGACCGUCUCCACGCUGCUGCUCCUCCUGCUCUUCUCCUGGAAGACCGUUCAGCAGAACGACAUCUGGCUGUCCCGGGAGGCCCUCUUCAGGUCUGGCAUCCAGACGCUGCCUCACAACGCCAAGGUUCACUACAACUAUGCCAACUUCCUGAAAGACAGAGGGCGCCACCAGGAGGCCAUCCACCACUACAAAACUGCUCUCAGAGCUACAAGCUGGUAGUGGAACUAAAACCUGACCAAUCGCAGGCUUGGAUGAACAUGGGAGGAAUUCAGCAUAUCAAGGGAGACUAUGCAGCAGCCAGGCAGUACUACCAGAGGGCCCUGAUCCUAACCCCUGGCUCCAAGCUGCUGAAAGACAACCUGGCCAAGCUGGACCGGCUGGAGAGGAGGCUGACCGGGGCCUAGACUAACCCAGAGACACAGCACUAUCCUGGGCAUGAGUUGGGGACCAAGGACCCUGGAUGCCCCAACAGUACUGUUAAAAAAGACCUGGUUCUUAAAUCAACCUACCAGGUUGAUGAUGUGAGAUUAUGGUGAACAUGACAGGGUUGCAGGGUAUAGAAGCAGACUGGGGGUGAUGGAGCUUCCAGGGGAGCAUGAGGCUGGUUAAGCCUGUGAUUGGAGUCACAUUCUGGGGGAAGCAGAUGGAGAGAGGACCCUAAGGAGUGGAGAUGGAGAUUCAGCCAGCAGCACUUCMAAYUGGAGCGGACUGGAUCAGCUCUCUUUAAGACAGUACCRCGAGCUCCACACAUCGCCCAGCCUGAAAACGCUUCAAACAAACUGAUCUGCUUUUNAAAAUGUUUUGUUUAGUUUGAUUUGUUUUCCUAUUUAAUUUCAUGUUAAAUCCUGUUUUAGGCUCUAAAUCUGUGAUCACUACCCUCAUCUCUGCUUAUGAGCAAAACCAUGUUGAGAUUUUGAAUUGGGUGUCAUGUUCACAUUAAAAGCUCCAACAAUAUCAUUCCAGCUGGAAGACAAAUGACAUUUUGCCAACAUGAAGGACAGUUUGCUGAAGUCACUGUAUAUCCAUGCUUAGGGUUGGGCUUGCCUUGACUCAAAUGUGGGCCCUGCAACCCCUUAGCCUGAGCUUGUCUGGGAUACAUAAGCCCUGUGAUAAGACUACAAGACAAGGUAUCAGUGUGCUCCAUGAACACAMUGACAACAUGUGCUUUUAACCUCAAGCUAUGGCAGAGCCUCUGAGCAGCAAGCAACUCCUGYCUAAGGCCUAACACUGACCCUCUGAUUUCUGACGCUGCGUAWUAUUUGUUGCUGUUGAUGUUGCUAUGAUGAUCGUGAAUGAAUAUUUUAUGUGGAAUGUACAACAGGAUAAAGAUGAACUGACUAGUGCAAUGACUGAGAUUGAUUUGCACCAUAAAAAUAAAUCUAUGUUUUAUUAA